AUGCUUUGGCCAAUAUCCGUGUCGCAGGUCAUAAAGCUGCCGGAACUGCCGAGUCCAAAGCCCGGCUCCCAGCAGGCUUCCUAUAAACCGCAUCCACAUCUGGAUCCGAUAAGACAGGUUUGCCAAAACAAGCGCAACAACCCGUUUGUUGCAAUCACAUACAGGUCGAUAUUUCUGUUCAAUUACAAAACAAAUGCUGCUAUUGGAGCCCAUGUGAGGUCUGAAGAGUCUCUUGAAGCUCUUGGCGAGAACGUUCAUGUCGAAAGGUCCCAAGAUGGAUCGAAAUUCGUCGUUGAGACGGGGAAAAACUUUCUGCUUAUAUACACCAUUUCCACAAAUCCAGAAAAUUCCAAUGGGACCAGUUUGGAGGAGACACUCACGGUGUUUGGUGAGUCCCAGAACAAGAUGCUUCAGAACGGAUAUAUAUUGGACCUGGAUGAUACCAAGAACGUCCAGUCGUAUUUCAGCUCGAUAUUCGGAAACAACGUGCCGAUGUUUCCAAACCACGAUCACACUUUGCGAAUACGGCUGGUACUAAAAAUUCAGUCGAAGUUGUUGGACUACUUCCUUCUGGAUAAGCAGAGACUGAUCAUCUUCACUAAAGAACCGCAUGCCAUCCAGAUUGUGAACUUGGGCGAGACCAAGGAGGACGGGAAGCAUAUAGAAGUGCACCAGUUUGACGAUUUGGAGUGGUACUCCGAUAAAGAGGCCUUGGUGAAGAAGUGUGUGUUCAAUCCGGCGCUGGGGCUGUUCCUGAUCAUCAACGAUAAGAAUGAAUGCUGGCUUUGUUUGCUCAAAGAAGGUCCCCAAUUUGAAAUACAAGGACAGAAGAUUGUCUUGAACACAGAUUCGGAGAUUAUAGACGCAGUCAUCAACGAGUAUUACAGUCUGUUGACCGUGGCUACAAGAGACGGUCAACUGUUCAUCUACAAACUUGCCCAUGGCGGCAUCCAAUUGGUCCGCAGGGUCAAGAAACACAUUCAUUCUGAUGAUCUGAUUUCGAUAAACCCCGUUGGCUCGGAAAAACAGUGCGUUCUGGCACUGUUCGAAAAAGGUUGGAACCUCUACUCCAGACUGGGCAAUCUGAACUUCUCCACCUUUGAUUACGACAAUCUCUCCUCUGUUCCUGACAUCAACUGGUGUUCCUCGCUGGUUGAUGGACAAUACUCUCACAAUCAAGAGCUGAUCUUUGCAAGCAAGCAUCGGUUGUUUGUCGUUGAGCUAGCUGCGCUUAACCACUCCCGAAAUUACAACUCCAUUAAUUUCAGAAGACCGUUGAUAGUGAGGAAAGACACUGUUUCUGUGUUCAAGGGAUACGACAAGGCGCUUAUAGAUUAUCACUCCAACUUCGAAGACAUGGAUUUCUCAAAAGAUACGAACCUGUGGAUCAACUUGGAGUUGCCGGAAAGGUUCAAGCUGACAAACCUGGAUAUAGUGGCUUCUUCCGUGAACGACGAUGGGAACUGUCUGUGCAUAGUGGGCGAUUCCAACACGAUCGUCCACAAUCUCACCAAGAACAGGUGGAAAGAGCUGAUUGGGCUCAACUACAAUCCGGUCACAGAGUCUGGCAAAAAUCUGGUGGUCAAUUGCCUCUGGUGGCAGGGCUUUCUGUUCCUGGCAGUAGCCAACUACAGGCAGGACCAGCUGGUUUCCGAGAUUGUUGUAUAUUCUCCAAACAUAUUCAACAAUGACGAAUAUUGCGAUGACCACAUUGUGUGGAGGUUCAACCUCAAUGAGACCAAGGUUGGCGAGCAAUUCUUGCUGUUUGACAUUGACACUUUCACGGACGAGUUGAUUGUUCUGACGACGCAGUUGAACUGCUACUGCUGGAAAAUUUCGCACGAGGCCAACAAAAUUACGAUCAAGAGAACUAGGGCAUAUCAAUUGAAGGACAGUUUUGUCAAUCUGGCCAACAUGUUUCACAUCAAGUGUAUAUCGCGAGUGGGAGAAGACGACCUGCUGAUGCUCGUCAAGGGUUCGCUUUAUUACAUCAAAAAGGCAGCUGGUCGCUCCAAGACGAUUUAUCAGCGUUUCACUCUUCUGGAGAACGUUGAGUAUUACCAACGCCCUUCAGCAGACAUACUGCUUGCUUUCAAUGGCCACAAGACUCUCUACUACGAUAUUGCUCAUGGCAGAGAUCUCAACGACUUGGAGCCCGUCUCCAUCCAAUGGCAAUCAAUGGGCGGAAACGAGCGUGACGAUGAAGUCGAAGCCAAUGCUACCAUGCCUUAUCCCAUAGUUGCAAUUCCCGAGAAAAGACUCAUUCUUGGGCUCGAGGUGGACAUUUCCCGAAUUGGCGUAGUGGAUGUACAGGACACAGUUGACGAAAGCAUGCAGGUAAUAAAGCUGUCCACAGUCAAGAAGAACUAUCUGGUGAAUUUGGUUGACUAUUACGUGAUGCUGGCCGUUCAAUUAGGAGACGCAGACAAAGGCUCGUUGGAAGAGGUUUACAAGAACUUUCACAGAUACAAGCACUUCAACUUCUGUUUGGAACUACUGCUGUUGAACCAUAUUGUGGACGGGAAACAAUCAGACGACAACGAGGAUAUCACGGAUUUGGUGAUAAAGGACCGUUAUUUCCAAAAGUUGAACGAGUUGAUUGCUCUGACCAAGUUCAAACACUCCAUCUACCUCAACUUCUUAAAGAAAGUGGAAAAUCAGAAUUGGAUCAGAUUUUUCGACAAGGUCGGGGAAACUCCAAGAGACAUGCUCCAGGAGAUUCUGGACGACAAGAACUACAAAUUAGCAGCUCAUUUUCUGAUCGUGGUGAUGAACUUUGAAAAGGAAGACGACUCGGUGAUCAGUCUGCAAGAUCAAGAGAUCCUCUUGGAGAUCCUGAAUAAGCUUGUCAUCUAUAAGGACUACGGGACUUCCUUUGAGCUCCUGAGGUUUAUCAAGAUUGUUGAUGAUAAACUAUGUGAUUCCAUAACUAAAAAGUUGCUGGUCAAGGAUAAAUAA